GUGUUAAAUAUCUCAGGUGAGUCAUUUGUUCAAAUGUAAAAGUCAUCACUGUUAUAUUGAUCUUCUAUUAUCUGAAUAGUUCUUAAUGCCCAACAAUGUAUAUUUUGUAUGCAGUAGGUAUUACAAACCUAUUGACAUCGCUAAGCAGUAAUAAUGCUAUCCUUUAUUUUCUGAAUCUUCAGACAACUGGAUAUGAAUGUAUAAAUACUGUCCUCAUUCAGUAUCAUUGCAGAACAAGAACAAACUGAAGCUCGCUCCUGGUGUUAACGUCGAACCCUUCUGCCUGUGGACGGAGUUCUUUCCGCAAGCUGGAUGAGCUGUACGGCACCUUCUUCCCUGAAUGCUCGUUUCAACAAGAGCAUCAACCGCAGAGUACUGAAGAAGAAUCCUCUGAAGAACUUGAGGAUAAUGCUCAAACUGAACCCUUACGCCAAGACAGCAAGACGUCAUGCCAUUCUCAAGCAUGACCCUGCGAUGUGUCAUGGAGGUCUCAUGUUUGCCCCCACCAAGACCUGGCGUCGCUGCAAUUCCUGCACUUGUGAUGUCAAAGGACACCGCAUUGAGGAAAUCCCAGAGGUCCCGCUGGUGGUUCAGGGCUACAAGAAAACCAAGGACGCAGUGCUUCUGCUGAAGAAGCUUAAAGCCUGGACAAACUGAAGCUCGCUCCUGGUGUUAACGUCGAACCCUUCUGCAUGUGGACGGAGUUCUUUCCACAAGCUGGAUGAGCUGUACGGCACCUUCUUCCCUGAAUGCUUGUUUCAACCUGCCCAUGCACAAGAUGCCCAACACAGACCUGAGCAGGAUUCUGAAGAUCUGCGUACACCAACCAAGAGCAUCACUUGAGGAUAAUGCUCAAACUGAACCCGAACUCCCAAGAUGCUGAAACCCAAGAAGAAGCCUGGGAAGAAGGGAGCACCUGCCAAACCCAAGGCAUAAAUCUCUACAAGAGUUGUGUGAUUUAAUAAAUAAUUUGUUUCAAA